UUUUUUUUCCUCCGUCCCAUACAUCUCCCCCAGGUCGUGGUUGUGCUUAAUUCACUUUUUACUCGACUCAGCAGACUUUAGUUGCGAGCCUAGCGUUGAACCGAACGGUCGUUUUAAGAAGCAGUGUCAGCUCUGUCUCCCGCGAGCGAAUUUUCUUGGAGAAAAGAGCCAUCGUUUGUGUCGCGUUUAUUAGAUCAUAAGGCAUGUACCUACAGCUGUGAGUGUGAACGGUUGACUCGAGCCCCAGGCAGAUGUGAAGAAUCGUUAGUUAGGAAAAGAGCCAAACGAGACAAAACAACCGAUCGAAGGUGCAGCGUGAGUCAUCCAGUGGAUCAAACUUGGCCCUGGUUGAGGUAGCAGUUGAACAUUCUUACUAGUACGGCAUCUAGUGAGAGGAAGUUUCGAAAAGUGCAAAGUGUGAAUUAGUGCUAAGUCACUCCCCGGUUGGACGUCUUCAGUUUUUAACCUUUUCCGCAUUUCGUCUCUGGCACUCGCGUGCUGGUAAACAACCAACAACCCGCGUCCCAUCAGUGAAAGGGCAGAUGUCUUCAACCUGACCGUCGUCAUCGUGGUCGUCUUAAGCUAUGGACAUUUCCCAAUCUUCGUCGUCGGGGGACACGACAUCCCCGUCGCGCCGUAGUAGCAUACCGAUUCCGAAGCGCAAAAGUUCCCUCCACCUCUACAUAGCCAACAGCAUAGUAGGGCCCUCGAAUUCUUCGUCGCCAUCGUCCGCAUCGUCGACCCACGAGGACCAUGCGAAUGAAUUCGGUGGCGGCGCCGGCAGCAGUGCUGUUUCACCAUCCCACUCGGCAUCAUCGUCCCGAUCCGCAACGGCCAUGAGUAUGCACAGUUCGCUCUACGUGCCCCGGGGCGGCAUGAGCUCAGCAGCGGCCGAGUUCAAUUUCAACGACUAUCUCCAGCUGCGCGAGAACCACAACCGACUGAUCAACAAGUGCGAAGAAAUGACGAAACGUAAUCAAAAUCUCGAAGGUACCACCCAACUGCUGAAGAAGAGCGUGACGGCCCUUCAAGGGGACAUUGCCACCCUGCGGAAGGAGCGGACCGAAUUCAUCGAUAAGAAUCGAAAACUAAGGAGAAAGCUAUCGGAAAUUGUCCCCUCCGGUGGUGGAAUCAGCAGCGACGAUGAAGAAUCGGAAAAAUCCUCAAAAUCGGACGAUCAACCCAACCACGCGGCAGAAUCCAAACCAUCAGCGACCAAGGAGGGCGAAAUCGACAGCCUGCUGAACGAGAUGGAAAAACUCAAGUCCUAUCUGAACAACGUCGAGCUGCAGCUGUACGAAGCGAACGAGAAGAUUUCCGAGUUGCAAGAAAGUAAGCAACAAUCCGAGGAGACAAACAUCAAGUUGCGUGCGGAGAAUGUCGAACUCAGCAAAAUCGCGCGACUCAUGUCGGCCAACAUCCUGGAGUCGAUUGAUACAAGCAAGAGAUUGGAAAGCUCCUACAUCCAAGUUCGGCGAGAGCGAGACAACCUGGUACGUCAGAAUCGGGAUUCGGUCGACUCGAAAACCGGUCCCAACGAGGAAAUACAGAAGAUGCGCUCCGAAAUGGAGCUCAAACGGAAAACGUUUGAGGCUCAGUUUAUAGAAUAUAAAUCACUUACGGAGCAGGAGCUUUCGCGCGCUACCAGCGAACAAAUCAUAACGCUACAGCUGGAGGUAGACAGACUGAAACAGGACCUCGAAGAAGCGCUGAACCGUGCCGAGCGGGCCGAGGAGGAGGUGCGUGAACUGCGGCAGCAGCUUCGCGUCAGUCAGCUGCCGGAGAGUCAAUACUACUCCCAACUAGAUCUAGACAAAUUGAGUCUCCGAGGGGAUGGCGACAACGAAUCGCUUCUGUCCUACGUCAGUGGGUCAGUGGUCAGUGCUGCAGCUGCUCCACCUCCUCCACCUCCACCUCCACCUGUUCCUCCUCCACCGCCACCACCCCCGCCGAUGGCUGGAGGAGGAGGAGGAGGAGGAGGAGGGCUAGGACUGAGUGAAGCAAUCUCGACGCAAAAAUUAAAUCACGUAGGCCUAAAGCAUGUAAAUAGCAGACAACAACAAUCAACAGGUCUAGACUCCGUGAUAGCUGACAUCAAGAGCGGCCGCGUAACGUUACGUCGUCGCAAGCCGAAUGUACUCAAAGACCUGGAAGGCAAUCAUGAUACCGGUGGUUCCAGUUCCAGCAUCACUCCCAGCAACCACAACAUUGACACCAACAACUUCAACGGUGCCUACAGCAGCGGCAACAGUAGACGAAGCCAGCAGUCCUACAGUCAACUGGCUGCCAAGAAUCCGGCCAUGCGUGAGAUGUACGAAAUUCUCGAACGGAUGAAACGACGCAACCGCCAAUCGAAGGUUAUUGUCGAAUCGGACCUGGUGCCAUUUUGCGAUGUCAAUGCUAACGGUUCCGAUGAGGGCAAGUCGAGUGAGAGUAAGAUUAGUGAUGCUACAGAUGGGAGCAGCGGGAGACGAGCUAGGACUGUGAUUACCGGUGUCGUUGACAUUUGAAUUGAUUAACGAAACUACUUAUUCGACUACGUGAUUCAGCUUAACAUUGCAUUUGGUUAAUUUAAUUCAGAAGCUAGAUUAUUAUUUUACUUUUAUUAAUUAGCUAAUUGUUCACUGUAGUGUACGUUACUAUUUUAUGUCAUAAUAAACCAUUUUU